AUGGCCGACGCACCCGAACAAGCUACGGCCGCGAUCGAGGUACCUGUCGCAGCGGCCCCUGUCGCCGAAACCCCAGCUGUGGAGGCAGUCGCAAAUCCAGAGACCAAGCACGAUGCGCUUGCUCCGACACAACAAGACACGCCAGCCACCGUCGGCGAAGAGUCCGAGGAGGAUAUCAAUUCAAGGAAGGUUACUCUCGCAGACUUGACUGCCAAGGGAACCGCUCUGUACGCAAAGAAGCAGUAUGAAGAUGCUACCGACUGUUUCACGAAGGCUGCGGAGCUGCAGGACCAGGUAAACGGCGAGAUGCAUCCCCAAAACGCUGAAAUCCUGUUCCUGUACGGUCGCAGUGUGUUCAAGGUCGGCCAGAGCAAGAGCGACGUCCUGGGAGGCAAGGCCGCCGGUGAGAAGAAGGCUGUGAAGCCCAAGUCCAAGGCCCCCAAGAAGACUGCUGCCGAACCCACGUCGACCGAUGCGCCAGCCGAAACCGAGGCGCAGAGAAUAACGGAGGAGGGUGUCGCGAUUGUCGCAAGUGAGGCGAGUGGAGCGAAAACGGAGGACACUGUCGAGGAGAAGAAGCCACUGUUCCAGUUCACUGGCGACGAAAACUUUGACGAUGACUCGGAUGACGAAGAGGCCGAUGGUGAUGGCGAAGAAGAAGAGGAAGAGGAUGACGAUCUCGCUGUUGCAUUCGGCGUUCUCGACAUGGCCCGCAUUCUCUACAGCCGACAGCUAGAAGAAUUGGAGAAGGAGGAGCCUAAUGGCAAAGCACAAGAGCAAGUCGACAGCGAGAAGCUCAGUAUCAAACAUGUCAAGGAGCGCCUUGCGGAUACCCAUGAUCUUCUGGCCGAGAUUUCUCUAGAGAAUGAGAGGUACCCCGACGCCAUCGAGGACUCGCGCAAGUCGUUGAAGUACAAGAAGGAGCUGUACAGCGAGGACUCGGAAGUCAUUGCCGAGGCGCACUUCAAGCUCUCGCUGGCGCUUGAAUUCUCUUCAGUCACAACUACCCAGGAGGAGGGUGAGCAGGGAGAGAGCAAGCCUUUUGACGAGAAGCUUCGCGAGGAGGCCGCAAAUGAGCUAGAAGCUGCCAUUCACAGCACCAAGCUCAAGCUUCAAAACAAGGAAGUAGAGCUCGCGACCAUGGCAUCUCCGGAAGACAAUGAAGUCACGAGAGCCACGAUUACCGACGUCAAGGACAUGAUUGCGGAUAUGGAGCAACGCCUCGUGGAUCUCCGCAAGCCGCCAAUUGACGUGAACGCCGCUCUCGGUGGUGACGGCUUGGGUGGAAUCCUUGGAGCAGCUCUCGGCGAAUCUGCCGCCCAGACUCAAGCUCGCGUCGAGGAAGCCAAGAAGACGGCCACGGAUCUCACCGGCCUCGUACGAAAGAAGGCCAAGGAGGAGCCCAAACCUGAUGAGACUCAGGUCAAUAGCGCGGAGUCCAACGGCACAAAGCGCAAGGCCGAAGAGCCCGCGGAGGCAGACGACCCAUCGAAAAAGACCAAGGUCGAGGAGGUUACUCAGGCCUGA